AUGUCCCCUAAGCUUAACUCAAUCGAGUGGGCUAUCGAGAGUGGAAAUGUUGCUUUGGUUCAAAGGCUGCUCGGCCACGGUGUUCCACUGGAAGUAUUCCUAGAAGCGGCCCGGGUGAGAAUGAUACUGAUCGCAGCAGCUACAGGAAGGGUAUUUAUGCUUCAAUUCCUGCGUCAAUAUGGUGUGAUACCUGUUCCCAGUAAUGAAGAAGCGCAGAGUGCAAUGAGAUCUGCUAUGAGAAGGGGAGACUCAAAACCACAGAAUAUCUCCUCAAUCAAGGAUUUGACCCGACUUACACGGCCUCUGAACGAGGGACUUGUUACGAAAACGGCGACGACUACGACGACCGCCCCAGAUCUUACCUGGGAGAUGCUGCUGAAGCUGUCGACCCUGAAGCGGCAGAAGCGACCGUUGACGUACUUCUGUGUCAUGAAGCAAUUGACUUCCCUUUGCCUACUCCUGGAAGGAGCUCCUAAUCCCCUCCCCAACGACAGGUUUGGCUCGUCAAUGCUGGCACAGGCAGCGGAAAAGAAAAAAUCACAAAAGAGCCAUUGA